CAUUCUAUGGAGUCGCUGUUUUUGUCACAAUUGUGAUGACAUCUCUUUUCUGGGGAGGAGUCAUUGUAGUCAAUAAAACGUAUGGAGACAAAAUAAGGGCGCUGUUUAAUCAGAGACAACAGGAUGACAUAAGAAAGGAAAACUACGACGAUAUCCGUGAAUCCCGAAUGAUGUUGAAAACUAGUGAUGGUUCGAAUUCAGUUGCUCCACUUCACAGGAUGACUGCAGGAUCAUGCCCGAGAGGUUCCGAUAAUUACCACCACCUAAUCUCUACCAAAGUCAUUCCAAAGCAAUUACAUUCUAACGUUUACAAUGCCAAACUAAAACAAACUGAGGAUCAAAGCUGUAAUAAAUUGAGCAAGACUGAUAUUACAGAUGACUAUUUUACCCUUGUUAAAAAGGAAAGCAAUAAUGCAUAGUAAUCUUAUUAGAUAAUGUCCACAUCCAAUGAUUAUCAUCCCCUUUAUUUCUUAGGAAAAAUAUAUUGCUGUUUAUAUGAAGCAAUAAAUACAACUUACUACUAAA